CGUGUGCAUGCGUAGAAGCGUGCCACCACCAACAAAGAUGGCGGCCUGUGCGUUACGUAGAGGUCUGCUGAGUACUUUCAGUAAAUACAACAAUAAACACGCACAUAGAUUAUUAAGCGUGGCUGACAGUAGGUUCGAAUUAAAUAGAUCACAGUUGGAAUGCCGAGCCUGCGGAAUGUACGGUGUCGUUCAACAGAAGAGGUUCAUGUCGUCACGGAACAGGCCUGAGGGGAAGAUUUUGGAGACGGUGGGGGUGUUUGAGGCUCUGAAGCAGCACGGCAAAUACGAGACGGGGCAGCUCUUUCUCCACAGCGUCUUUGGCUAUCGAGGUAUCGUCUUGUUUCCGUGGCAUGCCAGACUGUACGAUCGAGACAUCACACCGCCCAUGUCUGAGAGCAAGCCGGAGCCCCCCGGUGCCCAUGGCUCAAAGGAAGUGAAGGGGAAGACUCACACUUACUACCAAGUUCUGAUUGAUACUAGAGACUGCCCUCACAUUUCUCAGAGGUCUCAGACGGAGGCAGUGACGUUUCUGGCGAACCAUGAUGACAGCAGAGCGCUUUACGCCAUCCCAGGCCUAGACUACGUGAGCCACGAAGACAUCCUGCCGUACAACUCCGCAGAGCAGAUCCCCAUUCAACAUGAGCUGUUUGAACGCUUCCUCAUGCACAACCCUGCCAAAUCUCCUCCGUUCAUUGCCAGAGACACCCUCAAAGCAUGGCAGGAAAAGAAUCACCCCUGGUUGGAGCUCUCGGACGUCCACAGGGAGACCACUGAGAACAUCCGGGUCACCGUAAUCCCUUUCUACAUGGGCAUGCGGGAAGGCCAGAAUUCUCAUGUAUACUGGUGGCGAUACUGCAUCCGUUUGGAGAACAUGGGCAAUGAGGUGGUUCAGCUGAGAGAGAGACACUGGAGGAUUUUCAGCCUGUCUGGAACCCUGGAGACUGUCCGAGGUCGCGGCGUGGUUGGCAGGGAGCCAGUGUUGUCCAAAGAGCAGCCAGCAUUUCAGUACAGCAGCCAUGUCUCUCUACAGGCCCCGAGCGGUCACAUGUGGGGAACAUUUCGCAUCGAGAGGACUGACGGCUCCCAUUUUGAUGUUCGCAUUCCUCCUUUCUCCCUGGAGAGCAACAAAGAUGAUAAAGCCCCCCCGGCAGGCUACACAUUCUAACUGCGAGUCGUCAGCCCCCGACCCAAUCAUAACUUCUGCCUUCAGUAUCAGAAAAAUGAGCGAGUUAAGGACGGAGACUUUAUAGCAUUUUCUAGAUCUUCCAAUUGCACACCCACAUAUCCCAUUUUGCUGUUUGAGUGAAUACAAAUAUGCAUGGCCAGGUUAACUUGAUUUAAAGCAGACGCUGCCUGGAUGGAUGGAUGGGGGGGGGGGGGGGUGUUGCACUGCAGUGGAGGUCAUGUUUGGCAUCAAAUUGCUGAAAUAUUGACCAGGUUGUGAGCUCUUACUGCUGCUGUUGUGUUCCCAAAGAAAGCAUCUGCAGCGGAGCAUCAUCCAAUGACUUUCACUCUGGUGUUAUUGGAAACAGUAUGUUACAAUGUGUCGAUUCCUCUUUUCAUGUUAACAUUUCUUUACGCGGCUUUUCUGUUUAGCUGUGCAGUUUUUCUUUAAUAAGAGAGAUAUCCAAACAGUUUACAGAAUAAAAGCAUUCACACUUUACACCCUCAUUUAACAGUUAGCACCAAAAAAAAAAAAAAAACCCAACAUAAUUUUGCAGGUUGGUCUUAAUCGAACAUCGCACAAAUGUGGAAGACCUCCUUAAAAAAGUCGCAAUGAAAUGAGCCCUGUGUUGUGUGAAGUAGCAACGGUCAACCGAUCCAGAGAGUACAAAGCAGGACUUUAAUUAAACGUGGACAGAUUUGAGAUGAGCCACACUUGGAUAUAGUUUCUUUUGUUUGAUUGGAGUCUAAAUACCAUCCACUGGCAGUCACUCAAGUAUAAGAAGAUGGAAUGUGUCAAAAUCUCAACAAAAUUUCUCCCUUUGACAGAAAGAAGCAGCGUCCAUGUUUUGUACCACAGAUGAAGCCAGCAGGGGGCAGUAUUACUCCUGCAAUGUGUGAGUCAAGAAAUUGGCUGUUUUUAUCCCUGCAAAAAACAAGUGAUUUCUGCUUAUUGUAGACACAGAGGAUGCCUCGCAUUCAUAGGCGAACUGUUGGACACUGAAAGAGAAUUUGAAUGUUUAGCCAAAAUUACUCUUCGUGCACAAGAACGGACUCUUAGAUAAUUGUGUUUUGAUAAGUGAUUUGAAACUCUUAUGGUUGGAAUACUGUAAAUAAUAAUGUAAUUAAAGCCAAAUAAAUAUGUUUUGGAAAAUA